AAGUUUGCUAGACAACAUAGCCGAAAGAUUCAAGCUAUUUAUACGCUUUCGGUGUAUAUUAGCUGAUGUGUUUUAGACACACCUUUGUUGUAUCUACUUGUUAACCUAUUUAAUUUAAUAUUACGUUAUUUUGUAUUAGUCAGCUAUAGUAGUUGGCUGGUUAAGUUAGCACUAGCCUAGUCGCUAAUGAUAGCUAGAUAACAUCCCCGACCAUGAGCUCCCUAAACUACUCCCCUCCUGUUAAAGAAGAGGAGAUCUGCUGGACGGAGAAAGAAGCUCUGGGGCUGAACAUUGUGGUGAAAGAGGAGAAGGAAGAGGAUGUCACAGUUAAAAAAGAAGUAGAGGGUGAGUCUGUUACACUGAAAGAAGAAGAGAAAGACGUUUCAGUGAAAGAAGAGGAAGAUGCGUUCAUAGUGAAAGAGGAGGAGGAUGUUAAAGUAAAAGAAGAGGACGGGAAAGAGGAUGUAGUUUUUGGAGUGAAGAAGGAAGGGGAGAUUACUGUCACAUUGAAAGAUGAAGAGGUGGAGAUAGGAGAUCUGAUUAACACCAGAGAGAGAUGUGACCAUCGUGGAUCCUCUGGGGACCCUCAACAACCUCGUGAUGCUGACGAGGCAGAGAAGAGUCUCUCCAGAUCAGAACUCCUCCAGAAACACCAGCAGAGACCCACCGGGAAGAUAUCUAACUGCUGCUCUGAUUGUGGGUUAUAUUUCUCAAUACCAAAUUUACUAAAGGAACACCUGAGAAUACACAUUGGAGGGAAAUCUCACUGCUGCUCUGACUGUGGGAAGAUAUUCAACUCUUCAUCAGACCUUAAAAUGCAUCAACGAAUUCACACAGGAGAGAAAUCUUAUAGCUGUGAUCAAUGUGGGAAGAGAUAUACUACAUCUAGCAAUCUAACUAUACACCAGAGAACACACAAAGGAGAUAAACAAUAUAGCUGUGAUCAAUGUGGGAAGAGUUUUGGUGCAUAUCAAUGUCUGACUAGACACCAGAGAACACACACAGGAGAGAAACCUUAUAGCUGUGAUCAAUGUGGGAAGAGUUUUGGUGCAUAUCAAUGUCUGACUUUACACCAGAGAACACACACAGGAGAGAAACCUUAUAGUUGUACUCAAUGUGGGAAGAGUUUUUCAAGAUCUAGCUGUCUAACAAAACACCAGAGAACACACACAGGAGAGAAACCUCAUAGCUGUAAUCAAUGUGUGAAGAGUUUCUCUACAUCUAGCUAUCUAAAGAUACACCAGAGAACACACACAGGAGAGAAACCUUAUAGCUGUUAUCAAUGUGGGAAGAGAUACUAUGAUAAAUGGUCUCUGAUUAGACAUCAGAAAAUACAUGGAGUUGUUUCAUGAUAUCAAUGAAAUAAUGUCACAAUGUAGAAUGUCUAAACAUUGUAAAUCAAAUCAAAUUUAUUUAUAUAGCCCUUCGUACAUCAGCUGAUAUCUCAAAGUGCUGUACAGAAACCCAGCCUAAAACCCCAAACAGCAAGCAAUGCAGGUGUAGAAGCACGGUGGUUAGGAAAAACUCCCUAGAAAGGCCAAAACCUAGGAAGAAACCUAGAGAGGAACCAGGCUAUGUGGGGUGGCCAGUUCUCUUCUGGCUGUGCCGGGUGGAGAUUAUAACAGACAUGGCCAAGAUGUUCAAAUGUUCAUAAAUGACCAGCAUGGUCGAAUAAUUAUAAGGCAGAACAGUUGAAACUGGAGCAGCAGCACAGCCAGGUGGACUGGGGACAGCAAGGAGUCAUCAUGUCAGGUAGUCCUGGGGCAUGGUCCUAGGGCUCAGGUCCUCCGAGAGAGAGAAGGAGAGAAUUAGAGAACGCACACUUAGAUUCACACAGGACACCGAAUUGGACAGGAGAAGUACUCCAGAUAUAACAAACUGACCCCAGCCCCCCGACACAUAAAUUACUGCAGCAUAAAUACUGGAGUAUUUAGUAGGAGUAUUUUAAUAAUGUCACAAUGUAGAAUGUUUAAACAUUGUAGUAGGAGUAUUUUAAUAAUGUCACAAUGUAGAAUGUUUAAACAUUGUAGUAGGAGUAUUUUAAUAAUGUCACAAUGUAGAAUGUUUAAACAUUGUAGUAGGAGUAUUUUAAUAAUGUCAUAAUGUAGAAGCCUAAAUGUUUCCCCCUGUUCUAUUGAUUUCAGCUCUGGAUAUGGAUAUAUAUUAGCCUCAGGGGAAAAUCCAGGCUCUGUAUUGAAACAAUUUAUGAGAUUUAUGAGAUUUAACAAAAAGAGCUGUGUUACACUUACCACGUUGGUGACCCACUUCAAUCAUAAUGCAACACUUCAAAAUGUAGCUAGCUGUUUGUUUUCUUCAAGUUGUCCUCGAACCAGGGAUGUACACAUUAUUCCCAUAUUCUGUGUAGUUUUUGAGCUGUUCGUUUUAACAGGACGUGCAACCUCAUCUCCCUCCUCUCGGCACAAUUGAUUUCAACGUGAUAUCGAUGAGUUAUGACAAAUAAGUGUUGUGUUCCUUUGUUUAGCGACCCCUACAUUUAAAUGCAUCACUGUUGCCCUGCUUUUAGAAUAUCAGGGUUCAUUCUCAGAUGUGCCAACCAAAAUGUACUAGAGCAUGACAUUGGGGACUGGGCCCCGAUCCAACAACAUGACUAUCUAGUGAACCCUGAAAAGAGAGAGAAGCUCCGCAGUGAGGUGGAAAGUUACUACGGAUAUUUCAUUAGUUUCCUCUUGAAAUCAGACAUGUCUGUGGUAAGGACAACUUGGUUGCUGAUUGUUUCAAGGGUGGGAAGUCAAAAAUAUUUGUGUUUUGCAUUUAACCAGUGCGUUACCAUGGAUCACAAUUUAUCUUGACAUGUUUUUCCGUGUUGUAAAUGAGUUUUAUCUCUUAUUCUUUUCUGUAUUUUGUUGAAACUGCACUGUUGGUGAGGGGGUCAAAAAGUAAGCAUUUCACUGUUGUAUUCAGCGCAUGUGAUUUGAUUUGAGUUUAUUUUGGGGUUCCUUCCAAGGGGAGGAGAGUUCUAGAAGCUUGUGAGUUUUAGGAAAAAAGAGAAAAGAUAUGAUAGUAUAUUAUUAUUUAGAAAUGCAUGUUUUUUUCUUGUUUUUAAUUGUUGACAGCCAGUAGACACCAUGUUUAUAUUGAUGAAAGUAAAGCAUUGUAGUUGAUUAUAAUGUGAAAUGGAAGUCGUUUUCUUGUCAGUUGUUCAACUGAAAUGUGUCUUCGGCACACUGAUUGGUGUCACCUCGUUAGUCAGUAUGUGUUACACCUGUGCUGGCUUGUCCAUCUCGUUAGUGGGAAGGUGUUUCACCUGAGCUGGUCCAGGUUCUAUUUAAGAGUGUCUGGCCCAGUGCUUUAGUUGUCUUGAUAGAUGUGGAUGUUCAGUUGUUUUUUUUCAUUGUUUUUCCUGUGAAGCCAUUGUGUUGCGUCCAUGUCUGAAAUGUGCUGUAUAAAUAAAGCUUGAUUUGAUUUGAA